GAAAGGGUCUUUCUGUUCUCCGCCCUAUUCUUUUGACUUCACUUUCCUUUGCCCCUUUUCUUCUUUUUCCCAUUCUUUUUAGUUUUUGGCAUCAACUGUUUCUGUUUGAUUACUCAUCUUUGAUCAAUGCGAAAUUUUAGCUCUGACGUAUCAUCAAAGUUAAAGUUUUGGAUUAAGCAAUUGAUUAUUUUUUUUGUCGUUAAAUCAAUUAUGGGCGUUUGUUCCGAUUUCUAUUUUAGUUAGAGAAAUUUCAAAAGAUUUGAUCUGUGUGGCUUUCCAUUGAUGGCAAACAGCGUGCCCUGUUUUUCUCAGAGAACAGAAGGUUCCAUUCUCUCUCUAUCUUUGCCUCUUCGAUUCCAGUGAUUCUCUUCUGUUGAAUUUUUAAUUUUCAGUGCUAUUUUCCUCCAUUUUUAAUUCCUCGAUUUGGUUGCUUAAUCUUGGAAUCUAUACCGAAUUUAAUUACACCACCCACCUUAAUCAUCUGAGAAUGUUCUUCUAAUCUCUCGUUCUUCCCACAUUAAAAAAAAUAUACUACCAUUUGAUUUCUUUAGCCAACCACUUUGGGGAUAAAGUAUAACUUUUUCUUCCGUCUGCUCUGGUUUGUAAUAAUGGGUUGUGCAACUUCGAAGCCGAAGGUGUGUCACAAAUGCAGGGCCCCUUGUUCUCCGGUGCGCCGGAGCUAUUCAAUGCACGACGAUGGCUACCAUAUGGUGGCUCUCACUUCAUCCACUUUAGGAUCUCUGAAGCUUGAUCCAAUGAACCAGAGUCAGUCUAUCAAAGAAGGAGAUACAUCUUCUUUUGAUCUCUGUGAUUUCGAUGAAGUGAAGAGCUGUAAAGAAGAGUUUGCUAUGGGUUUGAUUGAGGCAAAAACAUGGUCAGAAAUGAUCAAUGAGAAAAUCCCCAAAGUGGUUCCGAAAACCCCUAUUAGAACUCCACCUGGUGAGCCAGAAACUAUCAAUACUUGGGAAUUAAUGGAAGGUCUUGAAGAUUCUAGUCCUCUUAAGCCUGUUCAUCAUGUUCGAAGUUUUUCAUUCCACGUUUCUCCAAAUCCAAAUUCAUCUCAGUAUGAUCUGCCUACGCCCAGAGUUAAGGAUCAUAUCGAAGGUUCCCCAAAGCCAUUGUGGGAGGAGGUAGCUGAAGAUGAAACGAACUCAAGUUCAAACGACACAUCAAUCGUGUCCGAGUUUGAUUCUGAAGUGAUUUCUACAUUCAGAAAAGCAUUAGAAGAUCUUCCACCGGCAAACCCAUUUCACCUUAAACCGUUGAUUACUGAAAAUCAGAAGCCGGUGGCCGACGAGGAAGAUCCAUUGGAGAUAACGGAUGUGAAGAAAGUAACAGAGUACAAGGUAAGUAAAGAUAAACUUGUUGUUUAUUUCACAAGCCUGAGAGGUGUGAGGAAAACAUAUGAGGAUUGUGGUCAUGUUCGAGUGAUUCUGAAAGGAUUAGGUGUCAAAAUCGACGAAAGAGAUGUAUCGAUGCAUUCGGGGUUCAAGGAAGAGCUGAAAGAAUUACUGGGAAAUGAAUACAGUGGAGGGGGAUUGCCUAGGAUAUUUAUGGCGGGAAAAUACAUUGGUGGAGCUGAUGAAAUACGUCGAAUGAACGAGGAUGGAAAACUCGAGAAAUUCGUAGAAAACUGUGAAAGAAUUGAGGAUGGCGCUGUCAUUGGAGGUUGUAAUUGUGAGGCCUGUGGAGAUAUUAGAUUUGUACCUUGUGAGACAUGUUCAGGGAGCUGUAAAAUCUAUUAUGAAGCAGAUUAUGAAGAAGAUAACAAAGACGAAGAAGAACUUGAAGAUGAUGAAUAUGGCUUCCAACGAUGCCCAGAUUGCAAUGAGAACGGUCUAAUUCGUUGUCCAAUUUGUUGUGAUUAAGUGAUGAGUUUUGAUUGAGUAUAAUAUAGUCAUAACCAACCAUAAACAUAUUCCAAGCUCUGGAGUUGUGGUGUUAAAAGUCUUCUGUAAUACAUUUUCCAGGUAAAA